AUGGCGACGAAGCAGGGGAAGCUGGCCGCGGUGGUUCACGACGAAGGGCGGCCUACUGGUGGUGGUGCGGUGGUCGUCGGAGGUUGUGGAGGCGCGGAAUGGCUGAAGUCGGCCAUGGCAGCACAUGCUGGUAUAGUUGCAGCCAGCCAUGGCCGACGCGAUGUCGAGCUUCAGCGUGCGGUGGUGGCUCACGGCGGGAACGGUGGCUUGCGGUGGCGGUGCAUGCAUGCGUAUGGAAGAUCGACGAAGCCUGUGGUGGGCGUUGCGGGCGGCAACCGGCGGCUAGUGCGCACAUGGCGGAAGGGAGUACGAAUUAGCACUGCUGCUUUACCAAGGGUACACCCAUACACCCCGGCUUCGAGAGAAGUGACUGCAAAAAUGGUGACUCGUUUCCAAUGUGGUGGCUUCGCCUUUGCAGUUCGCCUGAACCACACCAUGAGUGACGGCUCUGGGCUAAUCCAAUUCCUGAACGCCAUUGCCGGGUUUGCUCAAGGCAAAUCAGGCUCCCCUUCUGUUACUCCCGUUUGGCAAAGGGAGGUUUUAUUCGCGAGAAACCCUCCUCGGGUUACUUGCUUGCACAAUGAAUAUUACGAGCCAGAGCUCGACCUCGAAGACCAAUCCAACGGUGAUGGUAAUGAAACUAUGAUCAGUCGAUGGUUCUUCUUCGGUACUAAAGAGAUAGGUGCCCUUCGGAGCCAUCUUCCCCCGCAGAAACGAACGAGAUUCACUAGGUUCGAGAUAAUUACAGCUUGUAUCUGGAAAUGCCGCACAAUUGCGCUCGGCAUUGGCCCGAAUGAGAGCGUUCGAAUUUCAUGCAUUAUCAAUGGUCGUGGCAAGGCUGGGCUAGAUAUACCGGAUGGAUACUACGGCAACGUUUUUGUCUAUCCAGCAUCGGUUUCGAAGGCCGAAACGGUUUCAAAAUACCCACUGGAAUAUGUUGUGGAGCUGGUGAAGAAGACGAGGAGCCAAGCGAUUGAUGGCGAGUAUUUCAUGUCAGUGGCUGAUCUUAUGGUGACUAGGGGAAGACCGUUGUAUACAAGGAAAGGGAACUUUAUUAUUUCUCAUGCGGCUCAACUUGGAUUCGACAAAGUCGACUUUGGGUGGGGGAAGCCGGUGUACGGCGGGCCGGCUGAGGCCCUCUCUCUAAUAAGCUUCUUCUCGAGUUUCAGGGACAAUGAAAGAGGAGAUGGGAUUCUGACAGCGAUAUGCUUGCCGGGGUCGGCCAUGCAGAGGUUCGAAGAUGAACUGAAGAAGAUGACCAAGGAUGCUUUGAGAGAUGUGAACGGUCACAUCCCAGCGAGAAUUGCAUCUAAGCUCUAA